AUGCAGUUGUCGCUAGUAGCAAUCCUGAUUACGCUGGUUAACGCCAGACCACAACCAGAAGUUCCUGUUGGCUUUGAUCCUGAUUAUCCAGAAGAAAAUCCAGGCUUAUUUGAGGGCGACAUUGAAUUACAACCUGAACAAGAAUCAAAUUUAAGAAAUGCUAUAGGUGAUACUAGAUACCUGUGGCCACAUGGAGUGGUUCACUAUACGAUCGAUUCUCAUCAUGCAGCGAUUCCAUCACAUGUUCAGGUGUUUAAAGCUGCCAUGCAGGAGAUUAUGGAUAAGACCAUGGUUAAUGGUAGGAAAUGCAUCGACUUUCAGCCAAGGGGAAGCGAACGUGCCUACAUCCAGUUUACAUAUGGAUCUGGAUGUCAUACACCUGUUGGUUACCAUGGCAGACGUUCUGACGUAACUCUGGGAACAGGAUGCCUGAGGAAAGGAACUGUGAUGCAUGAAAUUUUACAUGCUCUCGGUUUCUGGCACGAACAGAGUAGAGCUGACAGAGAUAGCUACGUCAAAAUCCAUUUUGACAACAUUCAACCUGGUCACGAAAGAAACUUCGAUAAAUACCAGGUAGGACCCAAAUUAGAUAUGUUGAACGAACCUUACGACUAUGGAUCCGUGAUGCACUACAGCGCCUAUGCUUUCGCCGUCAACAGACGACAAGUCACAAUUGAGACUUUGCAGCCCGGCGUGACGAUCGGUCAACGUGUUCGAUUGAGCGACAUCGAUGCCAAGGAAAUUCAGAUUCGUUACGGUUGUAUUCCCAGACCAGGGUCACCACCAGGUGGAGCAGUGACAGGAGCUACCUCCCCUCCUCAUGUCACAAUUCAUCACGUAACAGCUACUUCACAUACCUUCCCAUCAAAUCAAGCUUCAACAUGUACUUUCGACCAUGGACUUUGUGGGUGGACCCAAUCCAGAACAGAUAACCUUGACUGGACAGAUGGACAUGGGCGUACACCAAGUGCAAACACAGGCCCAAGUGUUGAUCACUACGGAAGCACAUCUGGACACUAUUUAUACCUCGAGGCCAGCAGCCAUCUUCAGAAAACAGCCAAGUUAGACUCACCAGUGUUCCCUGGUGGACAAUAUUGCUUCAGUGUUUACUUUCACAUGUAUGGACAACAGACUGGGUAUUUACAAUUCAACAUUGUUCAACACGGACGUGUUUACACGAUGAAGAGAUAUACAGGUGAUCAUGGUAACAGAUGGCUCCAUAUGAGGUUGAGUAUCAACGUACAUGCUUCCUCAUUCCAGUUUGAAAUCGAAGGACACACUGGAAAUGGUUACCAUAGUGAUAUUGCUAUUGACGAUUUAUCAGUGACACCGAAUCAUUGCUGAAUCUUGUAAUAAAUGUAUGAUAAUUAAAGGUAAACAUUUAAAAGGA